GCAGGCGAUAUUCAACACCAUUUACGCGUUAUAUCUGAGACAGUAAGACCUAAGGACUCAAUUACCCUAGCAGUCAAAUUAGAAUGCCUACUAUCAACUAGAACGAGAUACCUAACUGUGGUAUCAAUUACUGAUAUCGACAAUACAGAAGAAAACGCUCUGUUAGGUUUUGACUGGGAUGAAACUUCUGAUGAAGCCACUUUAGGAAUGGUCCUUCCAGUUUAUGCUGAUACAUCAAUUGUCCUUGAUGGCGACGGAGGUUUUGUAGUAACUUCAGAUUAUCGCAAACAUACUUUCAAGCCUGUAUCAGUGCAAUCAAUGUGGAGCGCUUUACAGACGUUGAAUAAGAAUGUAGAAAAUGCAAGAUAUAACAAUUUUUUUGCUGAAGGUACUUCACAUACUUGGAUUAACCAUUACGUAAAAGAAAUUAAUAGUUCGCCAAAGGCCAUUAUUGAAUGGAAUGCACUUGAUAUCGAAUCUAAAACUAAUUUUGACGCCAAAAUAGAUUCUGAACUGGAUCAAUCAAAGUUAGCUGCCACACGAAAUCUAAUUAAGGUCAAUUUACGAGAUAUUAUGGCGCAUGUAGAUAUAGAAGAAAUAACUAGUAAACAGAUACGGUCAUUACUAGAAGAAAGAAUACAAAUGAAGCUUACUGAAUUCAAGGAAUUCAUUGAUGAAUGUAUGAUUGUUAUCUUACGACAAAUGGAUUCAGCAUCUGAAAUACUGCCUUACCUAUAUUUGGGUUCAGAAUGGAAUGCUGCUAAUAUCGACGAGCUAAAAAAUAAAGGUAUUAAAUACAUUUUAAAUAUCACUUGUGAAGUCGAUAACUUUUUUCCAAAUCAGUUUUCCUAUAUGAAUAUCAGUAGAGUUGUCGAUAAAGAAACAACAGAUCUAAUAACAAAUUGGGACAAGACUUAUAAAUUUAUCAAAGGUGCAAGGAAUAAUAGCUCAAAAGUACUGGUUCAUUGUAAAAUGGGAGUUAGCAGGUCUGCUUCAACGGUCAUAGCUUAUGUUAUGAAGGAAUAUAAGUGGCCCUUAGAGACCGCCUUACAACAUGUGAAAAGCUGUCGCAAUUGCAUUAAUCCUAAUCCGGGCUUUUACAAUCAAUUGAUUACUUAUGAAGGCUUAAUAAAAGCAGGGUAA